AGAGUAGCAGAAGGCACUGGAACGGUGUACUGUAUCUUGGACAUGUUACACAUGGACUUAUAUCUGAAGGAACAAUGACUUUUCUGCCUACAAGCAUCCCCACUAACUUCAGUGAGGCUAUACAUGGAGCCCAAAACAACACAACAAUAACUAAUUGUUCUCCAGGACCGGAAUCAGGAUGGAUCAUCACCGCCGUGCCGGUUUAUAUCCUGGUCAUCUCUGUGCUGGGGAUUGUGUUUAAUGUGUUUGUUAUGCUGGUUUUCUGCCUCCCUAAGAAGCCCUGCACCGUGGCUGAGAUCUACUUGAGCAACCUGGCUGCUACUGACCUUAUGCUCAUGACUUGUUUGCCCUUCUGGGCUGUCAACGUAUCCAGGAACUAUAGAUGGACUUUUGGUCUGUUCAUGUGCAAAUUCGUCAACACGGGCAUUCAUAUGAAUGUCUAUUGUAGCAUCUACUUCCUCGUUCUGAUUAGCAUAGAUCGCUAUUUGGCACUGGUGCAUACAAUGUCCCUUAACAGAAUGCGUAGCCGAAAAUGUGCUAAACUGGGCUGUCUGCUGGUGUGGGGUUUGGGCUUACUCCUGAGUGCCCCCACAAUACACUACAGGGGACUAAGAUAUGAGAAUGAAUGUACUUCAUGCAUUCUUAAAUAUGAAAGUGAACAUACACGGUUGGUGUUUAAUGUGAUAAGGACUCUGCCCUUUAUCAUCCCCAUGUUCAUUAUUUCCUACUGCACUGUCAGGAUUAUUAAAGCUCUGAAUAAUCAGUUUCUGGAGGAGUUAAACGGCCAGAGAAUAGACCACAAGGCCACCAAACUAUUGCUAGCAGUCCUCCUGGCUUUUCUGAUCUGCCUGUUGCCGUUCCACCUGCUUAGGAUGGCAGGAAUGCUCUGGAGAGCUGGGAUCCUGUCAUUGAACAUCCAAAGCUUUAGCAUCUGCUCCCACAUUUUCAUGUACUUAGCCCUUUUCAACAGUGUUCUCAAUCCCAUCCUCUACGUCUUUGUAGGAAAGAACUUCUGGAAAACAGUCAGAGACACCUUCAGGCAGUGGUGCAGUUGAGUGACUUUCAACAUGACCUCUGCACACUCAAGC